AUGUACAUCAUUCAUUAUCUAAUCAUUAAGGAAAAACCACAAACAAUACCCACUCUCUCUUUCUCUCCCACACCACACGCGUAUAUAAUCAGAGAAAGUUCUGAUCGUGUCCCCUCUUCUCCUCUACAAAUCUCUCGAUCUCCAUACCGGAACCCCCUUCUCUCUGUUAUAUCUAACCAACCUCCACGCACGUUUAUCGAUUUCCCUCAACACCAUCUUCAUCCAACUUCAACAAAUUCAAGGAUGUGUUGGGCAUCGGAUUUCUUGUUCCAAGAACGUGGUUUUGUGUUCUGGGGAAUUCUAUUGUGA